AUGAACUGUUCCACGAUCAUGCUGAGGACGACCUGCAGCGAGGUGGGCGAGCCCGUGUGCCAUGACGGCCUUGAGCCUCUCACGCUGCGCUUGGAUGAGGACAGCGUGAUGUGCUACCUGCCACAGCUCCUGGAGAGUCCCUCCAGCGCCACUAGCUGCUACACUGCACUGGCUGAGACGCUGCAGAGGCUGCUGGCCACCGUGCCGGCACCGCCGAAGGACUCCUCCAGUGAGAACGACCGGGCUCAGUUCUAUGGCAGCGGGAGCUUUGGGAAGGGCGACUUCCGCUUCAACCCCCGCUGGUGCCUGGCUGGUCGUGCUUUGGAGGAUGAGAAUUCGAAGGAGGUGCUGUACCUCAAGGAGAGGGUUGAAGAAGAGACACUGCGGACCUUACAGGGUUUGCCUGAUGAGUGCAGAGAGGUUGCUCAUGGGCUGAGCGAGCAAGCAGAGAGCCUUGGGUCCGAGCUCGAGCCCUUCUUCAACAGUGUCUUGGUGAACUUCUACCUGGAUGGACGGGCUCAGAUCAAGUGGCAUGCCGACGACGAGAACUGCUAUGGUCCUGCCGAGCGCAUCGUCAUCGGCUCCGUCUCUCUGGGCGCCCCACGACCCUUCGAACUCCGGCGGACGCCACGCAAGGGCGACGGGCGAAAUGCUCAGGAGCGGCGAAGGAUUUGGCUGCAGCCGGGCUCCCUGCUGAUCAUGGCAGGCGCCAUGCAGGCGAAGUGGCAACACUCGCUGCCUGCAGAUCCCACCUGCUCCACGCCGCGCAUCAACCUCACCUUCCGCCGCAUCGUGGGUCCGCGCCGCCGCGGCGAGCCCGAGCCUUCGCCCGCGGACGACCAGCAGCGCCCAAAAGGGGAGAGAAAACAGACCGCGGAGCGCGCUCCCGCGCCGACGUGCGGAGCUGGGGAGGAGAGAGUGGUGCCACAGAAAGAAGCAGGUCGUGUGACCACACAGCCCGUGGCGAACCGCUUUGCGGCGGCCGAGGUGGCGCGACGUUUGCAGGACGAGAUCGCAUCGCUGAAGCCGAUGGUGGUGGAACCCAACACGCCCCUGGCCGAUGAGCUCACGCUCCGCGAGACCUUGCUGCGGCAGUUCUCCCUGGUCUGGGCCGAAGACGGCCAGGAUCAUGAGGCCGGGUCGAAGUGA